AUGCCACCAUGGAAGAUUCUCAUCAAACGAGACCCGCCAACAGCCCCCCUUGAUGAUUCAGAUCUGAAUCUCGACAUCUCUGGUGUGGUUGGCUUUUUCGGGGGCGAUGUCGCUGUCUCUGCCAUGGCCACCGUCCAUAUCUACGAGGCACGCAAAUACUUGGGCUGGUACAACACCCCCGGCAGCUACGAAGUCGCCAAGCGAUACGGCCAAGUCGCAAAGUCACGCUUCUGGGACGGUCUCUAUCCCGGAAUCAACCAUGACCCUGCAGUCCUCUUCGAGCUCGACGGCUCUGACGGCCCGAGGUACCGCGGCGUUCAAUCGGGCACCGUCAUGCGCAAGACCGGCCAUCUGGGAAACCUCUUCCUUGCUGAAUGCAAGGCUUGCCCCUCCGAAGGGUGGAAGGCACCCCCCGACGCUCGUGUUACCUCCCCCUCGCAUGUCAUCAUCGCGCACUGCCUCCACGCCGUUUCGCAGUCAAAGCGCCCCCGGCUCACCAAGGCGAAGCGCGUCAAGACCUCGCUCUUUGCCCUCAUCCCCAUCCUUUCCUCCAUCGCCACUGCGGGGAUAUGCGCCUGGUUCGAAGACUGGAUCUCCUUCUCGGUGAUUGUCCUCGGCAUGGUCACCAGUGGCAUCUCGUGUUACAUCAUCGGGACGGGGAAGCUGGAUUUCACCCGCCCCGAACCAGGGAAGGGCUCGUCGCCGGCGCACGGUAUCCUCGACGAGCGCGACCACGUCGUCAUCCUCAAGGGGCCGAAGACGGCUAUCAAUACCAUCACUCGUGGCCGAUUCACGCUCGAGUACGAGGGCAGCAAGCGGUUCGCCCGCCUCGGCAUCAGCUCGUCCCUCCUCACGAUUCAGUUCCUCGCCCAGCUCCUCGCGAUCCCACAGGCUACGAAUUUCGGCCAGGUCAUGUUCCUCGCUUCGCUUGGGGUCUCUUGGAUAUACAACUCGUACUUGUCUUCCAUUGACCGCGAGAAGCUCCAGCGCCACAUCCUUAUGAAGAAAGUCCUCCGUCGACCCCUCCUCCGCAAGUACACCUUCGGCACGCGCACCGCGAUGGUCGUCUUCACCCUCCUCGUUCUCGCGCUCGAUCUGUACAACGAAGAACUCCACUCCACCGCCCUGGCAGACUCUGACGCCUUGCGGACGGUGCUUGAUGACCUCCUUCCCAACGACACUCCGGCUUGGCGUUUCUGGAAGACGACCAUCGUGAAUGACAUCCCGACCAUGCUCCGCGGACAAUCAGUCUAUCGGAUACCCGCCUUACACGUUGUACCCCCGAAUCAGAAGAAGCUGUUGGUACAGCUCUACAAGGACGCGGACAUGGCGCUUGCUGCGUUCGAUGUAUACAAACGGUAA